AUGAAUUUCAAACUCAGCCUUGCAAACAGUUCAAAGUAUUUUGCAACACUCAAUCACCCGUUUUCAAAGAAGACUGUAAUUGAUACAUAUGCCAUGCCAAUCGAAUAUCGCAAGUUUCCCAAGCAUCACUGCGAGUUGACUGAUAUUGAUGAUUUUGAAUUACGGAAAGCCAAUCGCCUGAGUGAGGUUCACCCUGAAUCAACAACCUGCAAGGAAGUCCUGAUCCAGCUAUCGGCGCGUGUUCAUGACUAUCUCUCGGCGUCAGCAGGCUCCUAUCUCAUUGGAACAGAGGAACGCAGCCUCAUGAUCUUAACUAUCAUGUGGAUGUGGAUGAUCAUGGACAAAGCUCUAAGUCACCUUUUCCCAGCUCUGAGUUAUUUCAAACCAAUCUUCCAAUCCUCAAUUCUCGAUUGCUUGCGGCUAUGA